AUGAGUCGAUUGCUGGCCCCGUGGUUCGAUGAACCAAAACGUUGGCGCGGGCUAGACUCGGCGCUGACGACGGUGCCAGCUUUAUUUGGUGCUUUAUUUGGUGCGUGGGAUCCUAGGGUCAACUCUUCACCCCGUCCAGCUGAAGAGCUUGAGGGCUUCCCGAAUUUGACCUUGCGCCGCUGCGUCGCCACAGCUUCCGUUAGCGAGCAAGCCAGCGAGCAAAGGCUCCAGCGAUCUGCAACUGCAAGAUAA